ACUUCUAAGAGAUCUACCAAUUCCACUCAUUCUUCUACUUCUAAAACCACCAAAGAUUGUAGUAUUUGCGUAGAAACUUAUGAUUUAAAUCAAUUUGAAAAAAUAACAAAUAAUUGUAUACAUUCAAAUGAUAUUUGUAAAAGUUGUGUUUCUCGACACAUUGAAACUCAAUUAAAUACCAAAGGUGAUGUUGAAGGUAUUCUUUGUCCUUUUGGUAAUGAUUGUGGUUUUCUGAUUGAAUAUGAUGAUGUUCAAAGAAUUGCUGGUGGUGAUCUAUUCGAACGAUUUGACAGUUUGUCAUUAAAACAAACUUUGAGUAAUAUGCCGGAUUUCAGGUGGUGUAAAAAUGCUGGUUGCGGUUCCGGUCAAAUUCAUUCCGGUAGCGAUAAGGAACCUAUAAUGACUUGUAAAGCAUGUGGUGAAAAAUCAUGUUAUACUCACGACAUUCCAUGGCAUGAUAAUCUUACUUGUGAACAAUAUAAUGAUGCAAAACAAGGUGAAGAUAUGGCUACUCAAGAUUUACUUAAUCGUGAAACUAAAAAAUGUCCAAAAUGCGGCAAAAUAAUUUUUUUUUUUCGUUAUUACUUCACGGAAUUCACAUUGUGUUUUUUUUUACAUUACAGGUGCUUGGCUGAUUUUGAUCAAAUUAGAAGACAUGGAAAUCAUUUUCAUGAAAGAACUUGUCAAUUAUAUGGAUAGAUUAUAGAUUUUAAUUUAUUUAAAAACCAAUUCUUCCUUCAUUUAUUUUGUGGGACAAUAAUCAUGUAUUUUUAUGUGUCACAUUAUAUGUCAAAGGUUAAUAAACUUUUUACGUUUUCUUAAUUUAACUUAUUUUUUCUAAGGUAUUAAUGUAACUAUUGAAAAUCCUUUUAAUU